CAGGAAGCAGUUUUAAUGUUUCCUCAUCUGCAAUGAGUGUUGUGUCUAUUAUAAAGUUUUGUAUAGGGCGAAUUUUGAAUUCAAACUACUUAUAUGCAAAACAUAAUCAUACCCUAGAUCGUUUAUCUUAGGGAGCUGGAACAGGUUUGAACAAAACAACAGGCACGCAUAAUGUAUCGCGGUGGUAGGCCGCAUCGAGGAGCGUAUCCUCCACCGUCUCGCGGUUUUGGUCCCCGCGGUCCGCCUCCUGGACCCGGACACUCUUUUCCUCGCGCUCCUUACCGUGAUGAUCACGGGCGAGGUAGGAACGGUUAUCCCCAUGGCUACCAUGGACAACCCAAACAGCAUCGGCGGUCGCCACCCAGAAGGCGAUAUUCAUCACCUAGAAGAGAGCUGGGUGAAGAAUAUAGGGGUGAUGGGCCUCCCCCUCGAGACUACAGUCAUAGAUAUACCCCUUCACCCCCUCGUGGUGGUCUCCCGCUUGAUCACAGUCUUGUUAUAACUGUGGGCAAUGAGCUGACAAGUUUGCCUGAGAGAGGAGCAGAGAUUCCCUAUGCUAGAGACUAUUCCCCACGCCGGUUGAGUUAUGAAGGCCCCGAUGACCGCGGGUCAAGGAAGCGCAGUCCUAGCUGUGGCAGGAGCAGAGGUCUGAGCCGCAGUCCAGACAAGAUGCGCGGCAAGAGCCGACCACGCAGCCGCAGCCGCGGUCGCACCGUGAGCCGCAGCAGGGCACUCAGCCGUGGACGCAGCAAGAGCAGACCCCGGAGCUGCAGCCGGAGCCGGAGCUGCAGCAGGGCGCGGAGCAGGGCGAGGAGCAGGGCGAGAAGCAGGGCGAGGAGCAAGAGCCACCUGCGCAGCCCAAGUCGCAGCAGAAGUCGCAGCAGGGGGCGGAGUCGUGGGAGGAGCCUGGGGAGGGGCCGGGGGAGGAGCUGCAGCCGCAGUGGCAGUAGUAGCAGCAGCAGUAGUAGCAGUGGCAGCAGCAGUAGCACUGCUGGCAGGAGGCGGAACGAAGACUUCAGUGAGCUCGAGAUGGCCCGGCGGCGCAAAGAACUGGAAGACAUGCUGGCAAUGCCCACUAAAUCUAUUCUGAAGAAGAGAGUAGACUCCUCAGAGACCGAUUCUCCCAUGAUAACGCAGAAUAGUGAUUCUCCACAAGGAAACCCUGGCAGGGGCCUUUUGCAGGAGGCUGAACAUGUAUUCAGUGCGAUGACCAAAAACAUGGACCCGGACAUGUUGGCAUCAGUGCUUGCACAGAGUUCCAACGCCAGUGUUAUUGAAGAGCUCAUAAGCAGACUCCAGCCUGCCAAAGAGAGUGAUCAUGACUUUCCGCUUCCUCCUGAACGGGGCAGCCAGGAGAACGCAGACUUCAGCCAGCUUUUCAGUGUCAUGGCAGAGGCGGUGGCCCCACCGCUAGACAAAAAGAAAAACUUUCUAGACAUUGAAGAUGAGGAGAAGUUUCUCUAUGGGGACGAAGAGGAGGAGGACAAAUUUCCAGCUAAGGGGUUGCCUAAAACGGGACAGAGCAGCUCGUUGGAUGCCUAUGGAGAAACCAGAGAAGACUGUGCACUUUAUCAUGAAGCAAAACCGGUAAUAAAUCAGCAUCAUGAUGUGCAGAGUCAGGAAUAUGGAGUGUCGACUUGUAUUCAUGGACAUUCUGUGGAAGAUGGGGCCAGCCAUUCAAAAAGAGAGGGUAAGCAUCGAGACAGCCACAGUAGUUCACCUCCACCUGAAAAGAUUCUUAAGGAGGAACUUGAGCAUUACCCACCUGGAGUUGGGCCUAACGACGCUAAAGUUAGAGAGGAGGUGGAGGAGUAUGAGAAGAUACAGGACCUCCUGAAGACUAUUGGCCUCGACCUGGGCAUGGCCGAGAUCAGCAAGAUGGCCGCCAGGACCCAAGAGCGCCUCCACGGCAAGAACCCCGCCAAGAAACCACCGGCACGCCACCAGUUGGACAGGAGACACAGGAGUCGCAGCAGGAGCUCAGGCAGCACCAGCAAUAGCAGCAGGAGCUCGAGCAGGAGCAGCGGCCGCAGUCGGGAGAGCAGCCGUGAGCGCACGUCCAGUCGCAGCAAGAGGAAGUCGGUUCCGACGGAGAGGCGACCGUCACAGUCCGACACGCAGAGCCUGAGAGAGGGUCGGCCCGCCGAUGAAGGGCACUGGCCUAAUGCAGCUCCUAAGCCUCCCGAUGUCAUCAGUCCUGGGACUAAUCCUUUCUCCACUCACUCCCUCCCAAGCCGUCAGAUCCCUUCCUACCCGCAGCCGCCUCACCCGCAUGGGGUUAUACCUCCUAACUACCAUCCUUCUGGCUAUGACCCGUAUGGCAACUAUAUGCCAUACAUGCCCCAAGGAUGGCCCAUGUACCCACCUCCAAGCAUGUCUAUGCCAUCACAGAGUCCCAUGGAUGAAUAUAACUCUGCUGCCAUAGAGCGACCCUACCUUAAAGUUAUUGAUACAGGAGGAAACGAAGGACAAGAGAUGGAUAAAAAAGGAUCAAAGGUGGACCCUUUACUCAGCCUGACGUCUAAAGCCUGUAGCAGUGGCAAUCAGAGGAGAGUUACUGAGGAAAGGAAUACUGCUAGCCAAAAACAAAAGGUCAUCGAAGAGCUUGAGAAACUGAAGAAAGACAAAGAAACGCGACUGAAAAAGAAAGAUAGUCUAAUAAAGGAGCUGGAGACGUUGCGUAAGCAACAAGGGGAGCUUCUGAGAAAGAAGCGAAGGGAGAAAGAUGGACACAAGGACCCCAUCCUUGUGGAGCUCGGUCGACUUCAGGAGGACGUGAUGGCCCAGAUUUCCAGGCUGCGCGCUGAACACGAGGCAGCUGAAAAGAAGCACGAAGAACUGGUGAAGGUUGCGUCAAUCUUGGGGCUGGACCCCAAAAACCUCAGGGGCUCGGGAGACCACGAGCACCCACCUCCUCACAGCAAGUCUAAGGAUAUGGCCAGAAGUCCAGAGAAGUCUAAAGGUUCUUCCAGCGUCCCUGCCAAUAAGGGCUCCAAGUCCUCUGCAGCACCAGCAUGUGGCCACGCCUCCAACAUCUCGGCUGAGCUAUUUGAGUACUAUGACGCGGGAAACCACUGGUGCAAAAACUGCAACGUUACUAGUGGUUCCAUGUUUGAUUUUUUCACACACUUGCACAGCAAAACACACAGGAAGACUCUAGAUCCCUAUGACAGACCUUGGGCAACAAAAUCUGACAGUGAGAAAAAACGGCCUACAGGUGAACCGAUUUCUAAGCCAGCAAAAGGCUCUGAGUUUUUGAUUCCUGUGAAGGGCUUUUUCUGCCAGUUGUGUGGAGAAUUUUUCGGCGAUCCUAUUUGCGCAGAGGCCCAUGUCACGUGCCAUGCACAUAAUGAGAGAUACAAGAAACAGUUGCGUGAGAAUCCUCUCUAUGAGCAAAGGAGGAAAUUGGAUCGGCAGGCAGGCAUGGAGAGCGAAAGGAAGCAGGCUGAGCACAAACGGAAGCGUGAAGAUGAUGACUCCCAGGAUGAGCUGAAAAGGUCCAGGUCCAGCAAAGACGAGGGGAAAAAGCCCAAGUGCAGAGAUGGAGAGGAGGACAGAGCUAAGCACAGCAAGCUAGAGGAACAAAAAGCAAAGUGUAUCAAAGACGAAGAAAAUAAACCCAAACACAAGAAGGACGAGGAUCAGCAUAUGAAAUUCAGGAGGGAUGAAGAUAAACAAAGAUUCAAGAAGGAGGAAGAUGAGCGGACCAAAUUCAGGAAGGAGGACGAGGAGAAGAGCCGGCACAGGAAAGAAGAGGAAGAGAGGUACAGGCGAGGGAAGGAGGAGGAGGAGCGAUAUAGAGGGGAAGAAGAGAGAUUUAGAUACAGGGAUGAAAAUAGGUACAAGUACAGGGAGGAUGACGACAGGUACAGAUACAGGAAGGAAGAGGACAGGUUCAGGUAUGGGAGAGAAGACGAAAAGAAGUACAGAUAUGGGCGUGAGGUUGAGGAAGACAGGAGACCAAAGUACAGAGAGGAAGAGGGGGUAAAGUGGCCAAAGUCGAAAUGGGAGGAUGAGGAUGAGGAAGACGAAAGGUCCCGAUAUGGGAAAAAGGAAGAUAAAAGUGAGAAAGACAAGGCUGCUCGGCGCAAAGAUGAAAGAGAGAGUUCUAAGAGUUCUGCUAAAGAUGUCAAAAUGGAGCCGGAGAAACCCAGCGAGCCUCCGAAGGUUCUGUGUGGGCCAAGUCCGGCUAUGCUUGCAAAGCUUCGUAAAAAGAAUGAAGAGGCUACUUCCCGUCCUGCCUUUGGUAAAUUCAGCUGGAAAAAGCCCGAAAAGACUGCACUGGAGAAGGAAGCAGAAAGAAUUGCUGCACAGUUUAUAAAAGAAGAUGAAGAAAGUGCUACAGAUAGCACAGCACAAGGGGCAAGCAAAGACUCUGAGGACCAGGAUGCUUUUGCCAAGUCUGUGGCUGCCGCCAAGAGCAUUGCCAUCAAACUGUCUGGCAAGACGGUUAUUCCCCCAUCCCAUGAGUGGGUUGCAUAUAACCAAAAUAAAAUUCGCCCUAAUUUACCUCCCCCUUCCACUUUUCUGAGGAAGACCAGUGUUGGACUGCAGAACAAACCAUCUCCUCUGAACACAUUCCCCUCUGCUGGAUCCACCACUGCAGCAAGCAGCAAAUCUCCUGGACCAGUGACUAAAAACCAACCGCAGAAAGCGGUGUUGACGGCCGAUCUGAUCUCCAAAGCAUUUGGGGGUGAAGAGGUGCAACUAAAAAUUAGUGAUAAAUCCUCAAACACUACACCUGCUUCAAGCUCCUCACCACCAAGCUCUGUGCCACCUGCAGCAUCCGCAGUGAAGGAGGUUAAGAGUAUCCCACCACAAUCUCCUGUCGAAUGCAUAGUGAGUCUCGAGUCUGACGUGGCUGCUCCUGGAGUUCCAGAGGAGGAGCAGAAGCUAACGGUAGUGGUCCGCCCACCUCCUCAACUCCAUACCAACGCAAAUGACUUGUUUUCAAAGUCAGAAAAGCCUAAAACGAGCCUUGCUGCUGCGAAAGCAAAAGACUUGUUUGACAUUUUCUACAGUGACAGCAGCACCAUGGUUGGCUCCAGUGUUUCCAGUACUGGCAGUAAAGGAAGUGCAAUGUUUCGAGGUAUAGAUUCAACAAAGGAUCAACCCCAUAAGACUAAAGACCCAGCUGAGGUCAUAGGAUCAAAGCAUGAAGAACAGUCUAAGGAUACAGAAGCAAAACCUCAAGCACCAACUAUGGACAAAGGCACCGUGGGCAAGGAACACUCACUUAAAGUCUCAAAAAAUAAAGAGAACAGUGAGAGUAUGGAAUUGAAUGAAUCGGGCAAUCUUGACUGUGAGGCCAAUUUGGAAAUUUUGGAGAACAUUGGGAUUAUAGAAACAAGUGAUGACCAGGGCAGAGAAAACCCUCUGGACACUGCGGAGGCUAUGACUGUUUCAUUCUCACCCCCACCAGGUUCCUUCACAGAGCACCUGAACUUGGAUACAUUUGAGUUCAAUUUCGAGUCUUUGUAAAGGACCUUCAGACAGGUCCUCUGAAAGUUUCAGUAAGGUUUGAUUUAGUAAAAUUUUAAUUUGCUUUAUUCAGUCCAGAUGUUUCAUGUUGUUUCUUAACCUUUUGGCAGGUAAUGCCAGUGAAAUGAUGGGCUGACAAGCACUCAUUCUGAAGUUAAGAAGGAGAUUCACCUGAAAGAAUGAGCACUUUCCCGUCAAGUAAUGAAUCAUUAAUACACGUAAAAUGUUAAAACAGUACCAUUUUAUGUACAUGGUUUUGAACUCCCUGCUUUGUCCUUGCUUUAUUUGCAGCUGAAACGAUUCCUUUUUUAAAAACGAAAGGUAAUUAAAAAUAUUACUUUGUAUAAUGUGUUUAAGUUCAGUUUAAGUUUUGUCUAAAUCCAUUCCUUUCAUUUGUCUCUCACACUUAAGUAAAUAAAAGAUAUCUUAAUACAGGAGCCAGAGAUAGAAGCUCAGAAGAGAAAAAAAGGUGUGGAGGUCAUGCUGCGGAGACAGAAUAUCUUGGAAUACAUUUGUUCUAACAAGUUCAGCAUAUGAUGUUUUCUCUUCACAGCUCUUUCCUACAUAAGGCGGCAGAUCUGCAUACUGUAUUUUCAUGUCUUGGAUAUCCAUGCUUGCUUUUUUAUCCCAUAAAAAAGAGAGAACUCUGUAUUAUUCUCCAAAUAUUGUCAGUUUCAAUUUGAAAAUAUUGUUCUGUAGUUGCUGGUGUACAAGGUCUAGUUGAAAUAAAUAUCAGUGGCUGCCUUUUUGUGGGUUUAUUUCCCCAAUUAAAAUGCAUGUUUGAAAUGGGCUGUACAAAAUGUCCUGUUUUUGUAUAUUUUAGAAUGUGUUUACUGUAUUGGUCUUGUAAACACAAAUUUUUCAUUUAUCUGCUCUGAUGCACUUGGUUCAAUUAUGAACUUCUUUAUCUGAUGAGUUAAGUCAGGUGUGUUGGGCAAGAGCAGUAUGUGACUCAAGCAGAGGAAGGUGCUGUACUGCAGAACUGGAGAACACUGGUCAUGAAAAUGAGUCAUUUCUGCUGCCAGUGGUGGAUAAUAACUCGUGUUUUAGUUAAGCAUCCGCAGUGCAUAAUAACUGCAUGCAUUAAUUAUGAGGUUAUGAGUUAUUACAGCACUGUAAGCAACUCAGUCAUGUAAUUUAAGAAAAUAUUCUAAAAUGUUUUAUUUUAAAUAUUAUACUCAAUUUCUAUUUUGUAGUCUUAAAUUUACUUCUCCUUGAGUCAUUCUCACCACUUUAUUUAUUCAAACUCAGCUAUGAACACUUUAAAUGUAUUUUGUCAUGCAGUUCAAUUUUUUACAUGCAAACAUUAGAACUGUGCUAAAUUUUAUUUCCACAGAACAUUUUGACAGAUUCUUCACAGUUGCAAUCUUAUUUUUAUGAUUUACUGGUUUUGAAAGUGACUUCGUAUAAGAGCUUGAUUUCCUAACAGUAAAUGUUCCAGUAACACCAAGAACUGUUGAAUACAAGACCCCAAGCUUUUAAUUUCUCUAUAAGCCUUUCAUUGAGGAAGAAGACUGUUCUGUGGCCAGAAAGGUAAGUAUAUACAAGUUGUAGUGUGAAAUUGCCAAGAUAAAGAAAAAAGUAAAUAGUCUGCUUUUAUACAUUUGGGUCAUAGGUAUGUAAAUAACAGGUUGUUAUGCUACUCUAGUUGUUUUGAAAAA